UUUCCAAGCCAGCACCUUAUUGGGAAGGAACAGCAGUAAUCAAUGGAGAGUUUAAAGAGCUGAAAUUAACAGAUUAUCAAGGAAAAUAUCUUGUCUUCUUCUUCUACCCUCUUGACUUCACAUUUGUGUGUCCAACUGAAAUUAUCGCCUUCAGUGACAGAAUUGAAGAAUUCAGAGCAAUAAACACUGAAGUGGUAGCAUGUUCUGUUGACUCACAGUUCACUCACUUAGCAUGGAUUAAUACGCCACGAAAACAAGGAGGACUUGGACCAAUGAAGAUCCCACUCCUUUCAGAUUUGACCCACCAGAUUUCAAAGGAUUAUGGAGUAUAUCUGGAGGACCAAGGGCACACACUUCGAGGCCUUUUCAUUAUUGAUGAUAAGAGGGUCCUUCGACAGAUAACAAUGAAUGACCUUCCCGUCGGCAGAUCAGUGGAUGAAACACUUCGUCUAGUACAAGCAUUCCAGUACACUGACAAACAUGGAGAAGUUUGCCCUGCUGGUUGGAAACCUGGCAGUGAGACAAUCAAACCUGAAGAUGCCAUGAGAGCGUGGUGGCCAAGACAAGAGCUAUAAUCCCAGAUCCAGCUGGAAAACUGAAGUAUUUUGAUAAACUAAACUGAAACUUGCUUCUACUGCGCUACACAAGUCACAUGCAACUUCAAUGGUCAAUAAAAUUACAUUAAUUUUGUUAUUUCCA